AAUCAUACGUCUACUGACAGACUAGGCGGAAGAGAAAUUCAAUGCGUUGUGUGCGGACGUCAAGGAAAAACAGCCCCCUUGUCUUGUUUAUAUUGGACUCCCGAGUGAAAACAACACAUAACUUCACAAAUACUUUAGGCCAUGGAGUCGCAUGGCAAAGAGGAACUCAAGGGACCCGUAUUGCAUAUCGUUGUAGUUGGAUUUCACCACAAGAAAGGCUGUCAGGUGGAGUACUCUUACCCACCUCUCCUCCCAGAGGAAGGCCAUGACAGCAGCUCCCUGCCGGAGGAGUGGAAGUAUCUCCCCUUCUUGGCCCUGCCGGACGGGGCCCACAACUACCAAGAAGAUACCGUUUAUUUCCAUCUCCCCCCUCUGGGUGGAGAGAUGAAGUGUGUUUACGGCGUGUCCUGCUACCGGCAAAUAGAAGCAAAGGCGCUCAAGGUCCGACAGGCUGACGUCACCAGGGAGACGGUCCAGAAGAGUGUGUGCGUCCUCAGUCGAGUGCCUUUAUACGGCUUACUCCAAGCUAAAUUACAGCUUAUCACACAUGCUUACUUUGAGGAGAAAGACUUCUCCCAGAUAUCUAUUUUAAAGGAACUGUACGAACAUAUGAACGGCUCCCUGAAGGGGACAACUCUGGAGGGGUCGCAAGUUUAUCUGGGUUUGUCGCCAAGAGAUUUAAUACUGCACUUUCGGCACAAGGUUCUUAUUCUCUUCAAACUGAUUCUGUUGGAGAAGAAGGUCCUGUUCUAUGUGUCUCCUGUCAACAGACUAGUUGGAGCUCUCAUGACCGUUCUGUCUCUGUUUCCAGGCAUGAUAGAGCAUGGCCUGGCUGAUUCGUCGCACUACCGGCCUAAGAGCAGCGUGUCGGAGGACCUGAGCAUGGUGGAGUGUGUUCCAGGCUCCGAGGACUUUGUCUCCGUGUCCGUGACGGACAUCGCCAACGCCACCAUGGAGCUGGUGGGGGAGUCCCUGGAUGGAAAGGCCGUCCCCCAGAGACCCGCAGCCUCGGAGGGGGACAACCACCACCUGAGGCCCCCGUCACGUACCUCCCCAGACUCGUCGGAGAGCGACUGGGAGACGCUGGACCCCAGCGUGCUGGAGGAGGGGGCCCCCAAGGACCCGGCAGAGGCUGCAGAGCACCCGGAGACUUUCGACCCUGAGCCUGGCAUCCCCAUUACGGUGCAGCCCCAGGCGGCGGGGGGGCAGGGCGGGGUGACGCAGGGCCUGGUGUCUGGCCUGGAGGAGGACCAGUACGGCCUGCCCCUGGCCGUCUUCACCAAGGGUUACCUGUGCCUGCCUUAUAUGGCGCUGCAGCAGCACCAUCUGCUGUCUGACGUGACGGUGCGCGGUUUCGUUGCCGGGGCAACCAACAUCCUCUUUCGCCAGCAGAGGCACCUGAGUGACGCCGUGGUGGAUGUGGAGGAGGCCCGUAUCCACAUCCAGGAUGCUGAGCUGCGGCGGCUCCUGGCCCUGACCACGGCCGACCUGCGCUUCGCCGACUACCUGCUGAAGCACGUGAUGGAGAACCGCGAGGACGUCUUCCUGGACGGCACGGGAUGGGAGGGCGGCGACGAAUGGAUCCGGGCCCAGUUCGGCCUCUACGUCCACGCCCUGCUGUCGUCCGCCCUGCAGGAAGAUAACGAGAGGCUGCUGGCUGAUUACGGCUCCCCCUUUGUCUCCGCCUGGAAGGACACCCACAACUUCAGGGUGUGGUACAGCAACAAGCACCCAGCCAUGGCGGAGAUCUCCUCAGGCCACCCAUUCCAAGGGCAGUACAGUGUGGCUGACGUCAAGUUAAGAUUCUCACACUCUGUGCAGAACAGCGAGAGAGGGAAGAAGAUUGGGAAUGCCAUGAUCACCACGAGUCGGAGCGUGGUCCAGACUGGGAAGGCCGUUGGUCAGUCAGUAGGCGGGGCUCUGACCAGUGCCAAGUCUGCCAUGUCUUCCUGGUUCUCCAACCUGGCCCAGCCUGCAGUUGUAUCCUCCCCAGCUAGCCCAAACCCUGACCCUGCUCACCCCUCCCUCAAUACUGCUAAUUAAAGAGUACGACUCCGGAAGGACUGGACUGAUUGCGUUGAGGAGCUACUUGACAUGAACAAUUCAUUUUGUUUUCUUUUUUUGGAAAGCAUCAGCAUCCUCACCUCUGUCAGUUUCCAUAAGUAUCAGCCCCCCCCCCCCCCCCUCCCCCCUCUCCUCACUGUUAGCACGGAAGAGCAAGGAAAAGUGUUAAAACCUACAUAUCCAUGCCCCUAUCUGUGUAUUGUGAAACCACUCUCCUUUGUCCUGAAGCUCAAAAGUGCUUCUUUAUUUAUUUGUUUGCUCUGGCUGUACACCUGUGUUAUGGUCAAGUUCUUAACUCUGGUGGAAUACUGUAAUAGAAAAACAAGUAUAAAAAAGCCCUCCCAUAUUAUCCUGCUGUCACAGACACGAUAGUGAUCUGGCCAGGGCAGCCAUCAUGGGUACAGGUUUUUUCCCACUUGAGAAACAUGCAUGUUGUGAUGAUGUCAUGACUGUGUUUAUAGAAGACGGGGUAGGAAGGAGAAGAGACAGGCUCACGUGAUUUCUUUCCUUGUCAAGAUUUCUAGUUCAUCGACCUCCUCCCCGUUCCUUGUAAAGUGCUUUAUGAGUGAAACCCUGCAGUGCCGAGCCACAUGAAAGCCCAUGAUGUCAAAGUCUUUUAUUGAUCAUUUGCACAUUUCAUUUGUGUAGUACAUAUGUAUUACUUGGACUCCAGAGUAAUAUCGGUGUAUUACUUUGGGAUUCCCCAGGAGUUAGACUAGCAGUCUAAGCAGUCAUGGUUUGCCCCUCAGGAGGUCUUGAUCUUGUCUCGAGUAGUUUUGAGAUAUUUUGGGUGACAAAUAUUGAAGCGUUAUACUGAAACAAAUGCUGUGGGAUAACUUAUUUAUUUUUGUGUUUCGUGUGUCCUGUAUAGUAAUCACUGAAAAUUCCCUUAUUUUAUUAUGAAGACACUGGAACAAAUCUUAAUGUCUAUGGACCACAUGUUUCUGCUACGCCUACCGUAGUUCUCUUUCUGAUAUGUAGCUAGCUUGUAUACCUGUCAUUUUGAGGUGCUUACAGUAACCCCUCGCAAACUUUGUAAUUUGACUAUCAUUUGAAAUGGAUGACUUAGGUUUCUAACAAUUGUAAUAAAAAGCAUUCUCUUGA